UUGCUUGUUGGAUGUUUUGCUCACUGAGUGAAAUUCCUACGAAACCAGAUGAAAAUUUUUCUAGUUUUAUCUGCACAUUAUUCAGUCUGAUGGCGGCUCUGUCAGAGAACGUGUUGACAGUCAGCAUGUUACUGAGUGUCGUCUUUCUUCCAGGUGAUGCGGCUGGUUGUACCAAUCCAGUCCUUAUUGCUAACACACCUGGGCAGAUUGAAGCUCUGAGUGGAUCUUGUUUGCAAGUUUCAUGUAGCUUCAAUUCAACACAUACCGAUUUUGGCAAAACUAAUAUUUAUUAUGGAAUUUGGCUGAAAAAUAUUACAAAUUUGAAUGACAAUCCAAGCUGUCUUAUUUUCAACAGCAGUGGGUCAGUUAACAAAUAUUCACUGAAAAUGAUUGGAAACGUGAGUGAGAAAAACUGCACCACUCUGUUUACUGAUUUAAAUACGAGUUAUAAUGACACAUACUACCUCCGCAUUGAGAACGGGGCAUUUAAGGCAACAGAUGUUUGUCCUCUAAAUAUAAAAGUGAAAGAUUCUCCUUGGAGUCCCAGCAUUAAUGUUCCCUCUGACCUGAAGGAGCAUCAGUCUGUCACUGUAACCUGCUCAGCUUUCACUCCGUGUCCACAAUCACCUCCUAAACUCACCUGGAAUCUCCAACAAGACUCUCUCAAUCAAACAGUGAAAAACACAGAUGGAACCUUUACAACUAAAAUCCAGGAGAACAUCACUCUGUCAGACACACAUGAUGGAUACAACAUCAGAUGUUCUGCCAGAUAUCCUGUGACUGGAGGAAACAAGACAGCAGAGACUAAUGUGACUCUCAGUGUAUCAUAUGCUCCUAGAAACACCUCAGCAUCCAUCAGUCCAUCAGGUUUGGUGUCAGCAGGUAGCUGGGUGGAGCUGAACUGCUCCAGCAGAGCCAAACCUCCACCCAGCUUCACCUGGUUCAGGAACAACAAACAAGGAGCCAUGAAUGUGUCUGUUGGCCAGGUUUACAGCUUCAAUGUUACUGAGGGAGGAGAGUAUUACUGUGUGGCUACAAAUGAUCUGGGUAAUGAAACGUCAUCCAGGCUCUGUGUUGGAAUCAAAGAUUCUCCUUGGAGUCCCAGCAUUAAUGUUCCCUCUGACCUGAAGGAGCAUCAGUCUGUCACUGUAACCUGCUCAGCUUUCACUCCGUGUCCACAAUCACCUCCUAAACUCACCUGGAAUCUCCAACAAGACUCUCUCAAUCAAACAGAGAAAAACACAGAUGGAACCUUUACAACUAAAAUCCAGAAGAACAUCACUCUGUCAGACACACAUGAUGGAUACAACAUCAGCUGUUCUGCCAGAUAUCCUGUGGUUUUGGGAAACAAGACAGACGAGACAAAAGUGACUCUCAGUGUUUCAUAUGCUCCUAGAAACACCUCAGCAUCCAUCCGUCCAUCAGGUUUGGUGUCAGCAGGUAGCAGGGUGGAGCUGAGCUGCUCCAGCAGAGCCAAACCUCCACCCAGCUUCACCUGGUUCAGGAAUAGUGAACAAGGAGCCAUUAACGUAUCUAUGGAGCAGAUUUACAGCUUCAAUGUACCUGAGGGAGGAGAGUAUCACUGUAUGGCUACAAAUCAUUUGGGUAAAGAAGGGUCAUCAGUUAUACUAGUUACAAUGACAGGUGAAAAACUUUUGGUCCCCGUCACCGUGGGGAUUAUUGUGGUCAUCUGCUUUCUUGUUUUUCUGGUUGUGUCUGUUUGGUAUUUUAUGUCCAAACAUUCACCUCCACAAAAGCUUCAGAGUCAAAUGGACAUAGAUCUUGGUGUUCAGAAUCCAGCAUUUGAGCAAGAGGAAGAACUGCAUUAUGGGGAAAUCAAAGUAAUCAAGAAGGCACCCAUAGUUUCACUUAUUCCAGUGCAGGACAAUGAUCAGCAGGAGACGAUAUACGCACAGGUCAAAGUGUCAACGCCAGAAAACCCUUCAACACAGCCUGAUGACAGCCCAGAGAAUAACUACGCUGAAGUGAAGAAAAAAUAAUGCUUGUCGUGAGAUAAGAAAUUUUUUCUUUUGUUUUGUGUCAUGAAUCUAUUCACUUUAGACAAAAAGAGGAUUUGUUUCUUUCAACCUGCAGGUCCUUAAGUUUUUAUGGUCUGUAUUCCAUUUUCUCCAACGAUUUCAACAUUCAACUUUUUCUCAGCUCAGAAUUUCAAACAAAUCUUCUUUUUUUUUUUUA